AUGAGUCCAGCCGACGCGGAGGUCCGGCGUCGUGAGCGCGGUGUCAUUGCUCAGCGCGAGUACCGCAAGCGACAUGCUUCCAAGGUUCAGAAGCUCGAAGAGGAGAAUAGAAAUCUUAAGGAUGUCAUAGCCGAGAUCAGUAGUGCUCUCAAAGGACAGCCCGCAUCAAAUGAUCUGAGAGCCGCACUCCGUCGCGCACGAGAACUCGCCAAUAUCACUGAAGAUGAUGCCAUGAAUGACAUCGACGAUCACGAUGUUGAAGAAUUAGGACCAUCACAAUCACCACCCGAUAAUCUGUCCCGGACACCACCACCGCCGCCACCAGCAACAACCCAGUCCUCAAUAGGGCUAAAAGACCCAUCAUCGACAUCAGAACGGCGCCCCCGUGCCAGCGGCAGAUCAAGCCCCCGUCUAGACUACGGCCUCUGGGUAGACACAGACCGCCUCAUCCGCAUCCUCGAACCACCGCUCGACAUCGUCCCCUACCUCGGCCCGGGCAUGCACACCCUCGCCGGCUGCAUCUUCUGGUCCACCAUGAACUAUACCGUCGACCUCUGGGACGCCCGCCCCUCGCCUCCCGCAAUCAAAGCCCUGGACCGCGUGUUCAGCCACUCCAAGCAUCUCACCGACCGUAAGUAUCUCCUAUCGCUCGCCCAGGCGAGGAUGGACUACAAGAACAAGGGGUACAUGUUCCGCAAGCUCUCGGACCAGUUCGCCGAGCGUACCUGCACGCAGGUCUACCAGCUCGCAGGCGAUGAGUGCGAGAAGAAGGGGAGGCCGAGCAGGUACUGGAAGACGCCGCAGGAGGUUGCGGGGAAUAUUCUCAGCCAGAUUACGACUGAUCAGGCUGUGAGGAUGCAGGAUGUUGCGGAGGGAAAGGGGACGUCCUCUGAUGGGGAGAUGAUGCAGGGGCUUGUGGGCUGGCUGUCUCAGAACUUUGUGUGCUUCGGUGACGGGCCUAGAUGGAGUACCGUCUGCGUCUCCGUCGGCAUCGGAAGUUGGGUCAGAGAGCUCAUGGACAGGGACGCUCGCGCGGAGGGAGAGGCAACAUCUGGAUCACACGAAACACCAUCUUGA